ACCGAUCCUUCCCCCACGCUCUCAUCCAUCGUCCACGCGCUGGUGCGCACGCGCCGACCUCCUCUCCGCCCAUUCCCUCACCAAACCGACCUCCUCCCGCCGGCGACCGCCGUUGAUCCACCGAUCGGGCGGCCGAAAGACCCGCCGCCCCCAAAUAGCAAGGCAGCUGAGGCGUAAGCUCCUGCCCCCACCGCCGCCGUAGCAAACCCUCGCCGCUUUGUCCCCCGACCUCGGUGAUCCCCGGGAACCCCCGGCGUCUCCUAUUGGCCCUGCAGACCGCUGCCGGAGAUCCGUCCGUUUUCACGGAGUAGCUUCCCUUGUCUUGGUAGCAUGUCUUUUGAAGAUAAAGCAAUUGCUAGUCGUGUCACUUCACCCUCACCAAAAUCAAUGGUGUCAGACUCAGAUCCCAGCAGGAUGAUGAUGGUUAGUUCAAAUGGGGAGCAUUCUCAAACAAAUGGCCAGGCAAAUGCUGUUAUUGGUCCAGUGGCCAUCUUUUGGGACAUUGAGAACUGCCCUGUUCCAAGUGAUGUACGGCCAGAAGACGUUGCUGGUAAUGUCCGAAUGGCUUUACGCAUGCAUCCUGUUGUUAAGGGUGCUGUGACAAUGCUCUCUGCUUAUGGAGAUUUCAAUGCCUUCCCAAGGAGACUCAGGGAGGGAUGUCAGAGAACUGGAGUCAAACUUGUUGAUGUUCCCAAUGGACGGAAAGAUGCUGCUGAUAAGGCUAUACUGGUUGAUAUGUUCCUCUUUGCACUUGACAAUCACCCACCAUCAUCCAUUAUGCUCAUAUCUGGUGAUGUCGACUUUGCUCCUGCGUUGCAUAUACUUGGCCAGCGAGGAUACACUAUUGUCCUUGCCAUUCCAUCUUCGGUUACCGUCUCAUCAGCUUUGAGCAGUGCUGGGAGUUUCGUGUGGGACUGGCCUAGUCUUGCCCGUGGUGAAGGUAUUGUGGCCCCUAGGUCCUUAGGGCGCCGUUUGGCAGAUCCUCCAUGCUAUGCCAACAGUGGGAAUGUGGGGCAAUUCCCUGACAAUCAGAAUGAAGAGGAGGCCAUUGUGUAUACAGGAACUUCGAGGAAUGAAUGUGGUGGCAGACCUACUGUCAACCAGAUGUAUUGCUAUAACACUUUCCAGACAAAUAGGGAACCAAGCAAAGUUUUUUAUACUGUUGCAGAUGGGAACUGUGGUAUGUCAUCAAGGACUCAUAAUUUAUCAUGUGGUCUGAGUGAAAGUCCUGAGACAGACCAAGGUUUGACAAAUGAAAGGUCUUGGUGGGUUCGUCCUGGUGAUCUUCAAGGCUUGAAGGGUCAACUAAUACGUUUGUUUGAAUUAUCUGGUGGAUGUGUCCCACUUGUUCGUAUUCCUUCAGAGUAUCUGAAACUCUUUGGAAGACACCUCUAUGUAUCAGAAUAUGGAGCUGUUAAACUUGUUCAUCUUUUCGAGAAGCUGGCUGACUGUUUUGUUGUCAUAGGGAAGGGUCAGAGAAAGAUGAUUUGCCUCCGUAAUUCUGGUGAUAGGAACCUGAAGAGAUAUCCGAGUACACCAAUCAUUUUGAAGAAGGAAAAGAGAGGAAGCUCUGCUCUUGAAGAAAGCACUAUAGGAGCAUGUCAGCAGUUGGGCAGCUCAUCAGAUGAUUUGUCAGAGGAUGAACAGAAUAUCAACACAGAUAUAGAUGGAGCAUAUGUGUUCGAUGACCAUCUAGACAGUUUCAGAAGGGAGAUUCAGGAGCUUCUUGUUUGCUACUCCUGCCCUGUUCCUCUUGGUAAUUUCGAGAAUCUAUAUGAGCAACGGUACAAGAAAACCAUUGACUACGAGAGCUUUGGAGUUGCUGGUCUGGAGGAGCUAGUUGAGAAGGUGAAAGAUGUUGUGGAUUUGCACGAGGACCAUGCCAGCAAAAGCAAGUUCCUUAUAGCAAACUAAGCCACGGGUUAGGUUCCCUGUUGUCUUAAUGUUGUAGUUCAGCUCCUUCAGUACUUUAGGUUCAGUUUCCUUGGCGUGCGUGAAUCACGGGGCCGGCAUCUACUUUUUUAACAUGUCGGUGCGAUAAGUGUGGGUGGCAUAGCAGGUAUAUGUAAUAGCUUCCCAUUCAGGUAAUCUGUACAAACGGAGAGUUGUUUCUUCUACGGAAAAGGAUGCUUAUGAAACAACAGUAACCAUUUGUUAGUUACUUGGCAAAUACAUCAAAUUCUAUUUCGUUUC